AUGGCUCCUGCUCCACAUGUCAUAUAUUCUGAAGAGCUGUCUGGAGCUUUCCAGCGCGGUCAUCCCAUGGCAAAUCCGCAACCCGUCGUCUAUGAGACCAUUGGUUCUAAUGGGGAAGUCAUACGAUCUGGACCGAGGCCCAUUGAGAUCGGAGAUGUGGGAUAUAUCCAGCCUGCGCACGGGUUCUUUAUUCGUCUUUUUAAUGUUCAUCUAGAACCCGGAGUCGGCGGUCAGCCCGCCAUCGACGAUCUGCCAUAUAACUUCACAGUUCUCCGAAAGAAUACGGUCACCAAGACGCAAGAUAAGACACCCGUAUUCGUAUCGCACAACGUCAAGACUAAGAAUAUCAGUGCAUCAGCCAAUGGCCCCUUCUUCGGCGGCUUUGCUGGAUUCUCUGCCACCAGCAAGCGUGGCGCGAUUCUAGCCACACCCGACCCCAUCGAGUCCCACAACGCCAUCCACAUAGGGAGCUACAAGAAGCACGCCAUGGAGAACAUGGAAAGCUGGCACGAGUUCGCCGUCAGAAGAGAGCACGAUAUCGCUCUCGAGGACUUGAUUCUCGUCACUGGAGUCGACCUCACGACAUCCUGGGCGACGGCAAUCUUCAGUGACACCGAGCUUGAAGCCGGCUUCGGCUUGAAGGUUCAGUUUGCGGAUGUGGGAGCGGGUAUACAACUUGCUUGUCAAUUCUCAUGGCAGAGUACGUUUGGGGCGCUCGUCAAUUCUGGGCCUGUUCCAGCUCUUGCACAGCUUCGCAGUCGAGAAAACGCUGCCAUGACGGACGUCGACUCCCCAGCCGCGCGCCCAAUCAACUCGCUUAACAACCAAACCUUAUUCAUUCGGCAUAUACGAGCUAAACCUCGUCGCCCUUGGCGAGGACUCAAACUUCGAGCUGCUGGCGAAAAAGAGGGAUCUGACUUUAACUCAGACGCCCGAGAGUCCUCAGAUGGACAGGCCGGUGUCGAGCAGACGACAUCAUCUACCAACAUCGCUGUGAACCGGCACCCGAAGCGUCCUGAGUUUCGGGACUGUCUAGAGCCAGUCUUGGAUUAUAUCCUGGAGCAUUCCGAUUCGACUAUCGCGAUCGCUCACGACGAAGAUCUUGUGUUAUUGUUGCAAUCAGGUGGAGGGCCGCGCAUCUCGACUCAAAAUGGAAUAGGGAUGCUCAAUUCGGAUGAGCUGGAGGUAUCGGCAUCUUCAGGUUACGGUACUAUAACUCGCGAACCUAUCGCGAUAUCCGGUCGGGAAUACAUCCCUGUCAAACUGAAGGGUCGUGAGAUCAUCGAGCCACAGGCUUGUACUUCUUGCGGCCGAACGGAUGGCUCCCAGUGGCGCAAGGGCCCGCGCGGUUCGAAUAAUCUAUGCGAUGCAUGCGGCCUCCGUUGGGCGAAGAGAGUGCGCAAGUUUGCGGAGAGCGACGCUGAGGAUGCCACUGAGACUUUCGACGACCCCGAACUGCUGGAAAUGCACAGCGCCGCAGAAGAUGGCGAGGCCGAUACAGAGAGCGAAUGGGAGUACAGCAAAGAUGAGCAGCAGAAGGACGAGACAGACGAGACAGACCUACGUGCGACGGCGCUCACAACCGAUGCGCAACGAGAACUCUUCCGCAAGCUUCCCGGACGCUCCUACAGCAACAUCAAUCGCAUGCAAUUCGGUCUGCUAUCGCAGCUGCUGAAACCAGACAGCGCGAACCUGCCGCCAAACCAGCUCUUGCAGCCAUCGUCGUCCACAAAUCCCUUACUCCGUGCGGCAUCGACGCUCUCUGAAACGGAUAGUACGCCUGCAGCUCUACACCAGACCCUCGACGAUAAUGGUCUCCCUCGGUCAGACUCUGAGGACUGGAACGAGUCGUCUGAAGAGGAAUACGACCUUCCGGACGCCGCGCUCUCGGCGUUCUCACCUGGUCGUCGGGGUCGAAGUCCACGUCGCUCAGCUCAUAAUCAAGCGUCGGCUCUCGGCACCUCGCAUCCGACGCGUCCCAAGACGACCAUCAAACCUGUACAGUCAGAUCCUCCGCCGGGCUUCCCUAUCGCACCGGCUAUGCCUACGAGUCCGCGCACCACUCGGCGAAACAUGCUGGGUGAGGAGUUGAGCGAUGACCUUCGGCGUAACUUAUUGUGGCAACGGCAAGUCAACAACACGGACCUGCUGGGUCGUGGUCGUGAGCCACUUGGACAGACUGGUGUUCAGCUAGGGCAAUCUAGCAAGGCUGAGACGGAGGAGGAGCGGCUUGAGCGGGAGGGCAAGGAUCGUCGCGCUGCUGCGUUGGAAAGGCAUCGCUCAUGGAACGACGACUACCACAACGCUGGGUGGUAA